AAGUUAUUAUUUCGGCUUUAAAGAACAACAAUGUCGAGAAAGAAACAAAAAGAGAAAACAGAGAAAGCGCAUUCUGAGGAUGAAGCCUCGAGAAACACAGGACACACUCCAAAUGAAAAAUUGCCCACUCUGACCUUUGAUGAAUAUCACUGCUCUGGGAAUGUGAAGAUAGACUUUCCUCGUCUUUGUGCUCUUCUGGACAUAAAGGACAUCCCAGCUGUCAACACCAAGCAACAUGUUUCCACCUACACAGAAAACGAAGGAGAGGACAUGGGUAAAAGAGAGCUGAUCCUGAUCUUUACAGCUUUACAAAGAGGACAAGCAGACACACACUUACGUCAUGCUCUAUCCUGUAAACAAAGAAUACCUUUUUCAAAGGUCAGCCAGUCACAGAUCAGUGCUGCACCUCGCUGGUCUAAGCCCCGCCUCCAAAUAGAGAAGGAGAAUGCAGACCCCCACAGCACCAAAAACUUGAAGAUUUCUGGAUGGAAGGUAGAUGAGCAGAUUGCCAGGGUGCUACAGAAGAUACUUCCCUCCUUAAGCAGACUGCAGCGCCUUCACUUUUGGCAGGCUGGACUGACAGAUCAAACAGUAAUGUCCCUGAUAAACACAAUACCACUGUGCUCCAACCUCAGUUUUGUAACAUUGGAGGGCAACCCACUUCCAGAGCAGAGCUACCACCUUCUUCUCUCUGAAGACAGCCUUCUGACUCACUUGUCCCUCAGAAAUAACAGGAUAGGAGACGAGGGCGCUCGUCUGAUCGGAGUGGCUCUUUCAACAACCAGAUCUGCCAACAGGAACCUCCUAUCAUUAAAUCUGUCCUUUAAUUCUAUCGGCGAUGAAGGUGCUGCACAUAUCGCACAGGGUCUGCGUCUGAACCGGGCUCUGCUCUUCCUCUCACUGUCAAACAACCAGAUAGGAGAUGCAGGAGCUGCUCAUCUGGCCCAGACAUUAGGCGAUUUCACUCUAACUCAUGAAGAAGUCAUGGAGAGGAGGAAGCUACUUCUGGAGAGAGCGCAGUCUUCAUCUAUUGUGGCCGAUUCUGCCCAAUCGCCUGCUGACCAACUUCCCUCAGACCCCAGCAGCUCCUCACUGAGCAGCAGCAAAGGCAAAAAGAAGGAGACCAACAAAAAAGUCGAGAAACCAGCGGCCACCAAAGAGAACCCAAAGUCCAACAAGAAAUCAGCUGAUGUGAAGGUGACUCAAAAUAAAGGCGGCAAGCUUGGGGGGAAAGAGAAACAACUUCCUGUACAGGAGGAUAACUCGAGUACCAGCCUGACUGAGCAGGUGGAGGAGACAGUGAACCCCCUGCUGGAUCAUUCAGCGCAGUACAGGGAUGGAGAGCUUAUUCUGCCUGGAAACACGACUCUUAUCUCCCUCAACCUGGCAGGAAACAGAAUCACAGAGAAGUGCCUGCCUUUGGUUCUGAAGUCACUGCAGAUGCAAAGUGUAGGAACAGGAGGAGGCAGAGGUCUGCUUCGUCUCUGUCUGCAGAGAAACACCUUCCCACCACACUCAGAGUGUUAUGUGAAGAUAAAGGAACUAAUGAAACUUGCAGAUCCACUUGAAAAAAGCAACUCUGAGCAGACAGAAGAGGAGGGACAGGAGGCCUAG